AUGAAAAAAUUAUUUUCCAAGUUUUCAAGCAAAAAAUUAAAAAAAAAUAAUGAAAACAAAGAAAAUGAUCAAGAUAAUGAAUUUUAUAAUUCAAAAUAUAAAUUAAUUGAAUAUGAUUCAACAAUUAAAAGAGAUGAAAAUAAUAAAUCAAUUACAUUUAAAGUUUGUGAAGUUGAAAAAAGUCCAUGGGGAAUAAAAGAUAAAUUUUGUAUUGAAGAAUUUAUAAACUUGGAAAAUGAAAAAACAGGUGAUGAUGCUGAACAAUAUAAAGUUUUAAAAACAAGUAUUACAGAUGGUGAUGGUGAUGAUUUAAUAAAUAUUGGUUGUGGUUCAAAUAGUUUUAUAUACUCUGCUUGGGAAAGUUAUAAUAAUCAUAAUCAUUUAGUAUUACGUCCUGAUAAUAUCUGGAUGGCAAUAUUAACUCAACUAUCAUUCUACAUAAAUAAAAACUCUGAAGAAUUACGUGAAAAAUUUGUAGAUUUUACUGGUAAAAAAGAAUUAAUAGUUGAGACUGAUUAUCCGAUAUUAGAAGCACCUUUUGAUGAAGUUGUAAUUGAAAUGUCAAAUCGAAUUCAAUCAAAUAUUAAAGAUCCAUCAAUUAAAGAUUUAAUUAUACCAGAUUUUACAACUACAACAGAAUCUGAUAAAGUUGUAUUUUCAAUUGCGUUAAUGUCAACAAUGAAGAAAUAUUUCGAUUAUCAAUGCAUGUCAUCUUGUGGUCUUCCAGAAGUAACAUUAUUAGGUGAAAUUAAUGAUUGGAUAAAUUUAAAAGAAAGAGUUGAAAAAUUAAUUCAAUUCGAUAAUAAAGAUUGUGAAAUUAAAAAAUGGUUAGUUUAUUUAUUACCAGUGAUUGAUAAAUUCAUUGAUUCUGUAAAUGGGAAUCCUGAUACAACUUGGUGGAAUCAGAUGGUUGAUUAUAAAUCAUCAUCUGGUGGAUCGAUUUUAACAGGUUGGUUAGCUACUUUUUGCGUGUUCGAUAUCGAUGGUAAAUACAAUGAUAAUUUAAUAUUAUGGUGGAGUAAUAAAGAUAAAAAAUAUAAAUGGCCUAGAGUUAAUGGUGAUUCAAUUCCAAAUGGUUUUAUAUCAGCUCCAAUCAAAUUAAUUCAAGGUGAAAUUCAAUAUAAUAGUACAAUUUAUUCAGGUCAUUUCGGUUCAAAACUUUUAGAUAAUAAUUCAAAAUUAAUACCUUCAUUAGAUUGGUUUAUUAUUGCCAAACUUUUAUAA